AAUAAAUAAAUAAAUAAAUAAAAAUCAACUCAACCUCUUAAAAAUAAAAUAAAAGAUUAAUAAUAAAAAAAUGUGUAAGCAAGCAGUAGAGAGCUUCAAAACCUCCUUAUACCCAAUCCAUUCAUAUAUUUCUUCUUACUAGUAGCUGCUGUCUCUCGUUUUUCACUUCUCUUCUUUCUAAUUCGCUCUCAAACCCAAACUUAUUAAGCUUUCAUUCCAUAUAGUUGGUGAGAGAGAGAAAGAGAGAAACUCUGAAAAAUAUAAAGAAACCUCUCUCUGCAAAAAGAUAAAACCUCACAUGAGCUUUGUUUGGAAGCUGCUCUGGAAGGGAUCUAAAAGAUGAGGAUUUAUCAACUCUUUCAGUUGAAAAUUUGGUGGGUUUGCUGAACUUGAAGGAAAAAGAAACUUCUGUGUAGCUAACUUUAUCCUCCCCUUUUCAAUUUUCCCUUUUCUUGGUGAAGUUAUCGAUUUGAGCAAGUGAGUAUAUAGUAUCAGAAAUUGAAAAACAAAAUUAAAAGAAUAUGGAUCCAAUUGCUGCUGCUCAUGGCCGUCCACUACCGCCUCCUUUCUUAGCAAGAGAUCUUCAUCUCCACCAUCCCCACCACCAAUUCCAACAGCACCACCAACAUCAGCAACAAAAUUCUGAGGACGAACAAAACAGCAGUGGUGGAGGCGGUGGCGGUUUAAACCACCGCGGAGGAGGAAUGAAAAGGGACAGAGACGAAAACAACGCCAUUGAAGGGAAAGACUUAUUAGUCUCCCCCGGUAGUGGCGGAGGAGGAUCAGGUGGAGAUUCAGAGAUCACUAGAAGACCCCGGGGACGUCCAGCGGGAUCGAAGAACAAGCCGAAACCCCCAAUCAUCAUAACCCGAGACAGCGCCAACGCCCUCCGAUCCCACGUUAUGGAAAUCGCCAACAGCUGUGACAUCAUGGAAAGCAUGUCCGCCUUCGCUCGCCGCCGCCAGCGCGGGAUUUGCAUCCUCAGCGGCAGCGGAACUGUUACUAAUGUCACACUAAGGCAACCGGCUUCUCCUGGAGCCGUGGUGACCUUACAUGGAAGGUUUGAGAUUCUUUCCCUAUCGGGAUCUUUUCUCCCACCGCCUGCUCCACCGGCAGCUUCUGGGUUGACUAUUUACUUGGCUGGGGGACAAGGCCAGGUGGUGGGUGGGAGUGUUGUGGGCCCACUCAUGGCUUCGGGUCCGGUUGUUAUUAUGGCGGCUUCGUUUGGUAAUGCUGCGUAUGAGAGGCUUCCACUUGAGGAAGAUGAAGGACAGGUUUCGAUUCCCGGUGGAAGCGGAGGAAUGGAAUCGCCUGGAAUCGGAGGAGCUGGAUCGGGAGGAGGACAACAGCAGCCAUCUCAGUCUCAGCAACUAUUGCAAGAUCCAAACCCUUCUCUAUUCCAUAAUAACGUGCCUCAGAAUUUGUUGAAUUCAUGCCAAUUGACUUCGGAUCAGGGCUACUGGGGAACACCUAGACCACCUUAUUAACUUUCUUUUUUUUUUCUUUUUUUCUUUCUUUCUUUCUUAUCUUUUCUUUUCAAAAGAAAACUUUCUUUCAUGAUCAAUAUCAUGUUAUUCCAUCAUCAGUUAAUUUGGCUCUCUUUCUCUCUCUCCAUCUCUCACUAUAUGCAUCCUGAUAUCGAUCUUUCUCUUUGUUUCAACUUUUUUUUCUUCUUCUUCUUAAUUGUCAUCAUCAUCAGGUUUUUCAUUAUUCUUCUUUAUUACAAGUUUCGAUUUUUUCUUUUUUAAUGUUUAAUUUAUUGGAGAUGCUAAGAAUUCAUCGUCGGUCUUUUGAUAUUGAAGAAGAAUGUACAAAUUUUCUUAAUUUUAUGAUUUUAUGCUUUUUUUUUAUUUUUAUUUUUGUGGAGAUAUAUGAUGAUCAUAUGUAUAUAUUUGAUGUUUGUCGAAAUAGUUACUCAAUUUUCGGGAGGUCCCAACUGACGGUAGCUUAAAGCUUAAGUAGCUAGCUAUAUAGAUAUACAAGCUAAGCUAUAUAAGUUGGCCACCAAAAAAUAGCUCCUUAUUCUUUCUUCAAUUUUCUUUUCUGAGGGGUGCUGUUGUACUCUAAUUCUGCUAACUUGUCUGAUAAUAUAUAUAUAUAUAUAUAUAUAUAUAGGCAGCCGAUUUUGUGCCCAAAUGUGCAAAACACGGAAUGGAAUCCGUGUACGGCAGGUAGGUCCCACGUUAGAAUAGUUAUAAUUUUUAAUUAUUUAUUUAAGUUGGCAACCGGUUAUUCUAGGUUAGGUAACCGGUUGUAAAUUUGUAUUUUUAAUUAAAAAAUAAAAAGGUACAAUUUAAUUACUGUUCACGUCAGUUAAAGUAAAAAAAAGUACAACAGCUUUACUGUUCGUGGCAGUUAAUUGUACAAAUAUACUGUAGGCAGUGGGUCCAUGUUGUCGGAGUGGGGUUAUUUUGGUAUUUUACAUCAUGUAUGUAAUUUUGGAAUUGUAGUUGAGUACAUAAUAUCACGUACCGAGUACAUUAAUUGUUUA